AUGCUUGGUAGAUUAUUCAAACACAAUAAUCCCACAUCCAACAAUACUUCAAUACACAUUACGUCACAACAAAUCACAUCACUGGCUUCACCUCCCAUAACCACCCCAUUUGAAGACUCACACUCGAGAGAAAUAUUGUAUGGGACUUGUAAUGCUAAUCUGCUCAAACCAUUUCAAUUCAAUAGCAAAUAUUUCAGAAUCAUUAUAUCUCAGGAUGGAGGUAAUCUACGGUCAAAGGAGAUACUCUUUGACUCUGCUUAUGAUCUGAUCCAGCAGCAGCAGCAGCAACAACUGUGUACUACGCCCCUUCAAUCACCCCCAUGCCAAGAACUGAGGCGUGUACCAUUGAGAAAACUGACUACUUCCAAUCUGCGCAUAUACCACAAUACGACCGACUUGAAUGAUUUAUCAUUUGGCUGUUGGUUACCUACUAAUGAAGUACAAACAAUCACCAAAUUGCAUACUUUGCCCCCAAUCACAAACUCAUCCACUUCUUAUCACGCAGUAUUGAUUACUCGACUAUUUUCUAUAAGUGAUGCUGACACAUCAACAUCUUCCAUUCCCAACGCCAAUUGCCUGCCGCAACAAAAGCAAAAGCAAAAACUUCAACAGCAGCAGCAGGAAAGUAAUGAAGGCGGCGAUUGGGAUCCCAAGUCAGCGGCAAGUUCCAAAGAAUCAAGAGUCAAGCUCAACAAUUUGAAAAUGAAUAGCAGGUUUUCCAUUGGGGUUGUGAUACCUUUAGAGAGUGGGAAUUUUGUCCAUGAGGAUAUCAUAAAUGAAUGGAGUGAAAUUUCGCAUUUUCUAACCUUGUUGCAAAAAUUGGUGUAUCGAAAACUAAUCCUGCAAUUGAAUCUGGUUAUUGAUAAUAAUGGGACCAACGGAUGUGAAUACUUAGUCAAGAAGAGAUUACAAUUCUCCAAUUACAUUCUUCAAAAUGAUUUGGAAAUACAUUCUCAAUUGGGGAAACUAAUCAAACUAAUACACUAUGAUAUCAACACACCAAGGUUGAUAAAUACAAACUACUUUAUAAAAGUUAACAAGACCAGCUAUAACUCAUGCUUAAUGAAUUGGAUCUUGGAAACCCUCAACUGGCUUGAGUUUAAGGAUGGCAGGUGCAACAACAACAGCAACAGCAACACUCUUUUUAGCAAUUCCCAUAAUGAUAGAAUCCCAUCGUUUCUCGCAACUUUGAUGUCUUUGUUGAUGAAAUAUAGGAAAUCAUUGGGUCUGAGACCGUACUACAAUGAUUUAUCCAACACUCGUGAAGUUACACGAGUGGUUGUUAUGACGGGAAAUCCAGCGGUGGCGAAACGAUUAGUAUUCAUAUUAAAUGGGUUGAUUGUUAAUACCGAGUCUGCUCAAUGUGGAAACACAAAUCACUACGUAUUCACACCCAACAAACAUAGCCACCACCAAAACAACCACCAUCACAGCAGCAACAGCAACAGCAACAGCAACAGCAACAGCAACAAUACCAACGAUAGCAGUAAUCACGGCAGCAGCGACGAUGCUACCGUUUCGCAAAGUGAUGAAAGAACCUCUGAUGGUACAUGCUCAACUGACGAUGACUGGAAUUCGCCGUCUACGUUAACCAAUAGCGUAGUAACGGAGCGUGCCACUUUAAGUGGCUAUGCUCAUGAAGUGUCGCGAGUACAACCAUCAGCAGUUAGCAUUCCCAUAAAGACACCAAAAUCGUCACAAACACCAGCUGUCGGUAUUCCUAUAAACACACCAACAACCUCGCAAGCAUCGUCGUCGCUUUCCAACACAGCAUCAUUAGCCCAACUAUCAUCUUCAUUGAACUCGUCAUAUUCGUCACUACAGUCCAACUAUUCACUUUCCAAAUUUGCAGGAGCAGGAGGAGGUACUAGUGGAGGCUUUAGUAGCGGUUCAUUUAUUGAAAAAUGGAGAAAUUCAUUCACCAAUCAACAACUGCAUGCAUCAAUUGGGGGCGGUACCAUGGGUGGAUAUUUCGAUGAGGCGCCUCUACCACCACCACCACUACCACCACCGCCACCACCGAGCUUGGGAAUGCGGAAAUCGUCACAUCAAUCAUUACGAACCCCAUCUCCAGGGUUUGAACAUGAUGAUUUCAACUGGCACUCACCGAGCUAUACCAAUUCGAUAGCGUCACCAAUGUCAAUGACUCCAAGCAAAAUUUCACGAACACAGUCGCUUUAUGACUUGUAUGAUUUGGGGAUGAAUUCAAUGAGUGAGGAGCAAUUGUCGGAAUCGUCCCGUUCCUCAUCCCCGUCAUUAGCAAAUGAUGAUAUUCAUGGGUCUCAAACGGGCCAGCACCAUAACCAUACUCAUCAUCAUCAUCAUCAGAGUGGCAAUAAUGGCAAUGGAGGCUCUUCAAAUAUAUUUGAAGUAAAACGAUCAAAGACUAGUGUGUACACCCCAUUUGUAAGUGACCGACUAGUCAAGAAUGUUGCCGAGUAUAAUCGUUCAACAAUACAAUCUAAAUGCAAACAAAUCAUGGAGAGUACACCCAAAUGCAAGAAAAGGGAAACAGAAGUUGAAGUUGAAUGUCAAUUUGACCAAAGAUAUCCAUCACAAACAAAUUGCAACAUUAAUGAAGAAGAAGAAACCAACACCAAAAGCUCCUUCACGCCUACGUCAUCAACAAUUUUCAAACACAAUAUCCUACUACCUUGCGUUGGGUACUGUGACGAGUAUCGACCCGAGUUUAUUCUACAAUCGUGUCCCAUAAAUCCCAAGUUGGAGCCGCAAGUGAUGAGCUCGAUGAAGAAUGAUUUGAUUUACUAUCAAAACAAUUAUAGAUAUUCCACGAUUACUACUAGGACCAUAUUUGUCAAUUUGCGUGCACGAGAGAUUAAGACUAUUGAAAUGAGUAUUGAUAAUGCCAAGCAGCAGCAGCAGCAGCAACAACAACAACAAAACCAAGAAUAUUUGAAUAAGAUGGGAAGUGAACCCAAAAGAACACGUGAUAUGACGAGUGAUGAAGGAGGUAAUAAGGUCAGUAAUGGAUUUGUCGGAUCUACGCAUGCACCUGCACUUGCACCCGCACUUGCACCCGCACCUGCACCCGUAUCUACUUCGUACAAGACCAAGAUCCACAAAAUUUACUCCCCAUUGAAAUGUGUUGGUGACAGACGGUUAAUCUCAUAUAUUGAAUCGGUAUGGGAUCUGAUUGACGAGUUAUUCAAUGUGCAGCAACAACAAUUGUCUCAAAGCCAUCACCUUCAAAAUCAGACUCAGACUCAAACUCAGACUCAGAACCAGGACCAGCAACAGCAGAAACAGCAGCAGCAUCAGCAUCAGCAGCAAUUGUUGGCCAAGAAACAAAUGGAUAAGAAGCAGUUUCAUGAUAAAUUGAUGGGACUAGUUGCUGAAUUGAUUGAUAACUAA